AUGUCCUUCCUCGGCCUCGACCUCGCCUCAACAAACUACUCUUACUACUCCAUCCCCGCCGCCCUUCUCAUCACCAUGGCUCCCAAUGUGUACGCUAUGGUGUUGGCGGGGAAGAAUUAUGAUUUGAACCAACCCCGCCGCACAGAAGAGAUUUGUGCCAAAGAUACCUCCAUGCCCAAGCCCACCCUUCAAAAAAUCUCCCGCGCCAAAGCCGCAACAGCAAACGGCUUCGAAACCCUCUCUCUCUACGCCGCCUCCGUCGUAGCAGCCAACGCCUCGGGCGUCGUCCCCGUCUCCAAGCUCAACACCCUCACCCUCGGCUAUGUCGUCUCCCGCGCCGCCUACAACUUUGUCUACGUCGUUGCCCAGGACAACAAGAAGCUAGCCGGCAUCCGGCCCCUUGUCUGGGCUGCUGGCGUGAUCAUCAUUAUGAAUCUGUUUGUGAGUGCUGGUGGAAAGGUCUAAGUAUUUUCACUCUGUAAAAGUGAGAGAGUCAUUCCGAAGGGAGAAAAUGCAAAGGGGGGGUUUGAUAAAGCGAAAGGGGGGUUGUGUAUAUGUAUUUCUUUGUGCGGCAAGCACACCUUGUAUAUAUACAAGCUCAUCUCAUUUUCCCCCAACCAUCCCCAUCUCCUCCUUCGAAGUUCGUUUAAGCUAUAUAUCAUUGUCAGCAA